AUGCACUUCGUCUACUGCGGGGACUUUGUAGACAAGUACAAAAUCAUCUAUCUGCAAGGAAGGGGAGGCAACCUUGCCAACAUGGACGUAGACUGCGAUGGCGCGCAGGGCGGAGGAGAUGGACGUUGCGGUAGCUCCACCGACACUCAAUCUGAGACGACUUUCCGCGACGUGUUGAGAGGAUAUAACACAGGUCAACAGGACCUCAACGCCUCGCUGCAUCCUUAUGUCGUUUUCGGCAACGAAGGGACAAAAAGCGGAUGGCCUACAUUUGACCCGAGCCAACACGGCGUCAAGCCGCUCAGUGUGAUGGCCGUGAUAUGCAACAAUCAAGUGGUCUACGGAGUCUGGGGAGACACAAACGGGGACGAUGGACCUCAAGCCAUGAUUGGUGAGGCUUCCAUUUCCCUGGCUACCGCUUGUUACGGCGACGUCAUAAAUGGGAACUCGGGACACGACGAGAACGACGUUUUAUACAUCGCCUUUACGGGCGACGAGGCUGUGCCAGGGGCACAGGGCGCCGCCUGGAACGCAACAAACUAUAACGACUUCGAAAGCAGCAUCACCGACUUAGGGAACACCCUUCUUUCUCGUGUGGGUAGUGGCUGUAACGGCGGGCUUGGCAUAGAAAAAUGGCUCUUAUAUACAGCAGUCUUGGUUGGCAGUGUCGUACUGGCAAUGUAA